AUGGACCACGAACACCAGCAACCUUUACUUGGUGAUGAACCGGGAAAUUAUGUCAACAGCGACGACGAUGACGAUUCACCAGCACCACUUACUGGAGACUCCCUUUACUCAAAGCCCUUUGUAAUUCUUGACAUUACUUGGAACCUGGCAUUUGUUUUGGUGUCUCUUUUUGUUCUCUUGACUACCGUUCAAGAAAAUCCCUCCACUCCUUUACGGCUGUGGAUUGGUGGGUACGCUUUGCAGUGCCUUGUGCGUGUGGGUUUUGUGUGGGCUCAAUACCAAAGGUCCAGUUUUGAUGUUCGGGUUGAAGAUUUUCAUCUUGAUAGGGAAUUACCUUUUUCUUCCCUCUGUCAAAACAGCAUCAUCAAGAAGAUGUAUUCAGUUAAUACAGUAGUUUCAUCAAUCUGGUGGAUUGUGGGAUUCUAUUGGAUUAUAAUGGGUGGCCAAGCGCUUCUGCAAGAUUCUCCUCGUCUAUACUGGUUAUUGGUGGUUUUUCUUGCAUUCGACGUGUUCUUCACGAUCUUCUGCAUCAUAAUGGCAUGUAUUAUUUUCUUUGCAUUGUUUUGUUGCUUUCCAAUCUUAGCUACGGUUGCCUAUGCUAUGACUAUUGGUGGUGGAGCCUCGGAAAGUGAUAUUAUGGCACUUCCAAAGUACAGAUAUUGCGAGCCCGGUACUUUGACAGAACUUGACAAGGGUAGAAUGGACGGAGUUAAAUUAAUAACAAAGUCUGAUAAGAGAAACUCUGCUGCUGAGCUAGCACUUCGUCUCGAGGAUUCUGAGUGCUGCAUAUGCCUUUAUAGGUACGUUGAUGGGGUGGAAUUGUGUAGACUUCCUUGCAACCAUCAUUUUCACCACAAAUGCAUCACCAAAUGGCUGCGCAUAAAUGCGAUAUGUCCUCUCUGCAAAUUCAACAUUAUCAGAGGCGAAAAGUUGGUCUGA